AAAUUGUGUUAGAGGUGUCAGUAAACAAACGCGCAUAUAUCUAGCGGCAUACCCCGAGGCGAGCGUCAGAAAGUAUCCAGACAGCAGACCUUAAACAGCUAUCCACCUAGAGUUGGUCAUUGCAUCACAUACAAGAAAAAUUAAACACCGUCAGAUAAAAGACCAGGUUAAGUGAGAUACCUACAUGUAUCUAGAUCGAGUAUAGAAAUUAUACAAAAUCCAUUAUUAAGAUGUCGAGCUACCAAGGAAGACUUAAAGGUCGGAUGCCAGAAGACGAUUAUGUGAAGGUGCGAGCUAAUUACACUGAUCUGUGUGAACAUAUCAAAGAACCAGUAAAACUUAGCACUAAAUUAUUUGAAAAAAACGUAUUCGACAUAGAUCAAAAGGAAGAAAUACAGAAACUUUUUAGGAACGCAGAAAAUGGUCGCUGGACAGCUGCUGACAAGUUACUGAUGUAUGUCUUAUCAAACUGUGGUGAUGCCUAUGGUAAAUUCAUCCAAUGUUUACGAGAACUAGGUUACAGAGAAAUCGUAAAUGUAUUAGAAAACACCACGAAUGGUAAAAAUAAAACCAACCUGAUGACAGAACAAGACAAGACAAGACAUCACCUAGAAGACUUACAUAAAGAUCACGACCUUACUAAACAGGAAUUAGAGAACCUGAAGAAACAGAUGGAAACAUUGAAAACAAGGCAAGAUGAAGAUUCUAAACAGAUGUUGAAGAAAAUCGAAAAGAGAGAACAUGAACUAGAAACAUACAAAAAACAAACUGAAGAGAAAGAAGCUCUGACAAAGAAGAGAAUUGAUGAGUUGGAGAAAUGUAUUAAAACUCUUAAUCUAAAUGAGAAAGAUACCAUUCAGCCACAUUUAUUACCUGGUACUUUGUCUGGUAAUACAAGUGAUACCCCACAUGAUACUUUGUCUGGUAAUACAAGUGGUACCUCAGAUGAUAAUUUGUCUGGUAAUACAAGGGAUACCUCAGAUGGUACUUUGUCUGGUAAUACAAGUGAUACUUCAGCUAAGAAAAAUACACGUCAACAACAACAACAACAAUUAUUUAAAGCCUGUCGACAUGGUACUUUGGAUGAUAUAAAAAACAUGGUGAACAUAGAUGUUAACGUCAGAGACAAGUGGGACCAGACACCGUUAUUUGACUGUUGUGGAUCAAGUGUAAGUCCUGUAGAUAAAAUAAAAUAUCUAGUCAGUCAUCAGGCUGAUAUUAACGCUAGAGACAGUGAUAAUAGUACCAUCUUACACUGGGCAUGUAUGAAUGGUACUUUAUCUACAGUACAAUAUCUUGUUGAUGAUUUACACAUGAAUGUUAAUACAACAGGUCGUUACAACCGUACACCGUUAUUUUACUGUUGUAUGUCAAGUGUAAGUCCUGUAGAUAAAAUAAAAUAUCUAGUCAGUCAUCAGGCUGAUAUUAACGCUAGAGACAGUAAUAAUACUACCAUCUUACACCUGGCAUGUCUAUUUAGUACUUUAUCUACAGUACAAUAUCUAGUUGAGUGUUUACAUCUAGAUCUACAUGUCAAGAAUAAAGGUGGUCAAACAGUUCUAGAUUAUUGUAGGACAUUAGACACUGAACAAGAUGAAAAGAUAAAAUAUAUCACAGAUCAAAUGAAAUUAAAAUAAACAAGUUAUAAUAAUUCGUGUAAACUAGUCAACAUAAUGUUAUUGUCUCUAGUCAUACAAUUUACAGUUUUAUUGUCUCUUGUCAACAGUUAAAACUACUGAUGACGUAUUAUACUGUCUCUAGUCAACUACUGAUGACGUAUUACACUGUCUGUAGUCAACAGUUAAAACUACUGAUGACGUAUUACACUGUCUCUAGUCAACUACUGAUGACGUAUUACACUGUCUGUAGUCAACAGUUAAAACUACUGAUGACGUAUUAUACUGUCUCUGGUCAACAGUUAAAACUACUGAUGACGUAUUACACUGUCUGUAGUCAACAGUUAAAACUACCGAUGACGUAUUACACUGUCUCUGGUCAACAUUUAAAACUACUGAUGACGUAUUAUACUGUCUCUAGUCAACUACUGAUGACGUAUUAUACUGUCUGUAGUCAACAGUUAAAACUACUGAUGACGUAUUACACUGUCUCUAGUCAACAGUUAAAACUACUGAUGACGUAUUUGUAUUUUAUCUACAGGACUAAUACUGUGUAUAUAUUUAUUGUUUAUUUUAUUGUUUAAUUUAUUUAAAAUGUCUUCAAUAUUUUUUUUGUAUAUAUUUAUUUUCAAUUAAAAAUACUGUUUACAAAAA